AUGCGUAUUGGGGGUGGUGGUUCCCCUGGCACUGUCUGCUUCCUCUCUGCAGCCUCCAAGGAAGACGUCAUGACUCCGGAGGGUCUGUGUUUGGCAAGGAGAGGGCCCGGAGCCCUCACCUUGGCACGGGGCCCCCUGGCUCGGCUCCUGCUGGUCUGGACGGCCCUGUCGUGUGUGGCAGGUGGCCAAGGCCGCUGGGACGGGGCGGCGGAGGCUGCAGGUCCUGGACGUCUGCGGAGGCGGGGCAGCCUGGGCAUCUUGCAGGGGCCGAAUGUAUGCGGUUCCCGUUUCCACGCCUACUGCUGCCCCGGCUGGAGGACGCUGCCCGGUGGGAGCCAGUGUGUCGUGCCCGUCUGUAGGCACUCCUGCGGCCAGGGCUUCUGCUUCCAACCCAACCUGUGCAGCUGUGCGGAUGGGACAUUGGCCCCCAGCUGCGGGGGGAGCAGAGGGCCAGGGUGCAGCGUGAGCUGCAUGAACGGUGGCAGCUGCCGGGGGGCGUCCUGUCUGUGUCAGAGGGGCUACACGGGCACCGUGUGUGGGCAGCCUGUCUGUGACCACGGCUGUCACAACGGGGGCCGCUGCAUUGGGCCCAACCGCUGCGCCUGUGUGUAUGGCUUCAUGGGGCCCCAGUGCGAGAAAGACUACCGGACGGGGCCCUGCUUUGGCCAAGUGGGCCCCGAGGGGUGCCAGCACCAGCUGACGGGCCUUGUGUGCACGAAGGCACUUUGCUGUGCCACCGUGGGCCGAGCCUGGGGCCUUCCAUGUGAACUCUGCCCUGCACAGCCACACCCCUGCCGCCGGGGCUUCAUCCCCAAUAUCCACACAGGCGCCUGCCAAGAUGUGGAUGAGUGCCAGGCCGUCCCAGGCCUGUGCCAAGGGGGCAGCUGCGUCAACACGGUGGGCUCCUUCCUGUGCCGCUGCCCGGCUGGACACCGGCUCAGCGACAGCGGCACUACGUGUGAAGACCACCGGGCAGGCACCUGCUUCUCAGCGCUCUUCGGGGGCCGCUGUGCCAGAGAGCUCGCCGGCCACUACACUCGCAGGCAGUGCUGCUGUGACAAGGGCAGGUGCUGGGCAGCUGGGCCGGCCCCUGAGCUGUGUCCUCCUCGGGGCUCUGAGAAGUUCCAGCGACUGUGCACCCAGGGGCUCCCCCUGCUGCCUGCCCGCCCUGGCCUCUUCCCUGGCCUCCCGAGCUUCGGGUCCAAUGGCGCGGGUCCUGGCCUUGGGCUGGCGCGACACGGCCCCCAUGUGUCCAGUGGGCGUGGGGUCCCCAGCCUGGGCCCUGGCAACCCCAACACUGGCACAGCCGCCCUGAACCAGUCCAUUGACAUCUGCCGGCAUUUCACCAACCUGUGUCUCCACGGCCGCUGCCUGCCCACCCCGUCCAGCUACCGCUGCGAGUGCAGCGCGGGCUACGCCCAGGACGUGCGGGGCGAGUGCAUUGAUGUGGACGAGUGCACCAGCAGCCCCUGUCCCCAUGGUGACUGCGUCAACACCCCGGGCUCCUAUAACUGCCGGUGUCACCAGGGCUUCCAGGCCGCGCUCACCAAGCAGGCGUGCGUGGAUGUGGACGAGUGCGCUGUUAAUGGUGGCCUUUGCCACCCGGGCCGCUGUGUCAACACGGAGGGCAGCUUCCAGUGUGUCUGCAACGCAGGCUUUGAGCCCAGCAGUGAUGGCAAGACCUGCGUGGACCACAACGAGUGCGCCACCAGCACCAUGUGUCUCAACGGCGUGUGCCUGAAUGAAGAUGGCAGCUUCACGUGCCUCUGCAAACCUGGCUUCCUGCUGGCGCCUGGUGGCCGCUACUGCGUGGACAUCGACGAGUGCCAGACGCCGGGCAUCUGCGUGAACGGCCACUGCGCCAACACCGAGGGCUCCUUCCGCUGCCAGUGUCCGGGAGGGCUGACGAUGGGCGCGGACGGCCGCGUGUGCGUGGACACCCGCGUGCGCAGCACGUGCUACGGGGCCCUUGAGCAGAGCUCCUGUGCCCGCCCCUUCCCCGGCACUGUCACCAGAUCCGAAUGCUGCUGCGCCAGCCCUGACCACGGGUUUGGGGAGCCCUGCCGGCCGUGUCCGGCCCAGAACUCCGCCGAGUUCCAGGCGCUCUGCAGCGGUGGAGUUGGCAUCACUGCGGACGGUCGCGAUAUCGACGAGUGUGCACUUGACCCUGAGGUCUGUGCCAACGGCGUGUGUGAGAACCUUCGGGGCGGCUACCGCUGCAUCUGCAACCUGGGUUACGAGGCAGGCGCCGAGGGCAAGACUUGCGCAGACGUGGAUGAGUGUGCCCUCCGCAGCCUUCUGUGUGACAACGGGUGGUGUCGGAACAGCCCCGGCAGCUACAGCUGCUCCUGCCCUCAGGGUUUCAGCUUCCGGCAGGACACGGAGACCUGCGAAGACAUCAACGAGUGCCUGUCCAGCCCGUGCAUGAACGGGGUGUGCCGGAACCUGGCCGGCUCCUACACCUGCGAAUGCGCCCCCGGCAGCCGGCUGGGGCCCUCUGGCACUGCGUGCCUAGACGGCACCAGAGGCACCUGCUGGCUGAAGAUCCAGGACAGCCGCUGUGAGGUGAACCUUCAGGGAGCCACCCUGCGCGCCGAGUGCUGCGCCACCCUGGGGGCCGCCUGGGGGAGCCCCUGCGAGCGCUGCGAGACCGACCCUGCCUGCGCCCGUGGCUUCGCCCGCACGAAGGGUCUCACCUGCGAAGAUGUGGACGAGUGCGAGGCCUUCCCCGGGGUCUGCCCCAACGGCCACUGCCUCAACACCGCCGGUUCCUUCCGCUGCGAGUGUCCCGAGGGCCUCACACUGGACGCCACUGGUCGGCUGUGUGUGGACAUGAGGUUGGAGCCGUGUUUCCUGCAAUGGGACGAGGACGAUUGUGGGGCCCCUCUGCCUGGCAAGUACCGGAUGGACGUCUGCUGCUGCUCCGUUGGGGCCGCGUGGGGAGCUGAGUGCGAGUCCUGCCCGGAGCCGGAGUCCCCGGAGUUCACCAGCCUGUGUCCCCAGGGUCUAGGUUUUGCCAGCCGGGACUUCCUGUCUGGCCAGCCGUUCUAUAAAGAUGUGAACGAGUGCAAGGCGUUCCCCAGCCUGUGCGCACACGGCACCUGCCGCAACGUGGUGGGCAGCUUCCGCUGCUCCUGCGCGGGGGGCUUCGCCCUGGACGCCCAGGAAAGGAACUGCACAGACAUCGACGAGUGCCGCAUCUCCCCUGACCUCUGCGGCCAGGGCGCCUGCGUCAACACCCCGGGCAGCUUCGAGUGCGAGUGCUUCCCCGGCUUCGAGAGCGGCUUCAUGCUCAUGAAGAACUGCAUGGACGUGGAUGAGUGUUCGAGGGACCCGCUGCUCUGCCGGGGAGGCACCUGCACCAACACGGACGGGAGCUACAAGUGCCAGUGUCCCCCUGGACACGAGCUGACGGCCGAAGGCACUGCCUGUGAGGACAUCGACGAGUGCUCCCUGAGUGACGGCCUGUGUCCCCAUGGCCAGUGCGUCAACGUCAUUGGUGUCUUCCACUGCUCCUGCGACGCCGGCUUCCAGGCCACGCCGAACCACCAGGGCUGCGUGGACAUCAACGAGUGCGGCGUCCGGAACGGUGGAUGUGACGCGCACUGCGUUAACACCCAGGGCAGCUACCGGUGCAGCUGCGGAAGGGGCUACUCACUGAUGCCCGACGGGAGGGCGUGUGCAGACGUGGAUGAGUGCGCCGAGAACCCCAACGUCUGUGACGGGGGCCAGUGCACCAACAUUCCGGGAGGUCACCGCUGCCUGUGCUACGACGGCUUCACGGCCACGCCAGACGUGAGGACGUGUGUCGACAUGAACGAAUGUGACCUGAACCCCCACAUCUGCCUCCAUGGGAACUGCGAGAACACGAAGGGCUCUUUUGUGUGCCACUGCCGGCUGGGAUACGUCGUCAGGAAGGGAGCCACGGGCUGCUCCGACGUGGACGAGUGUGAGCUCGGGGGACACAACUGUGACAGCCGCGCCUCCUGCCUCAACAUUCCCGGGAGUUUCAGCUGCAGGUGCCAGCCAGGCUGGGAGGGGGAUGGCAUCGAAUGUCACGACCUGGACGAAUGCACCACCCAGGAGCACCGGUGCAGCCCGAGAGCCGACUGCCGCAACGUCCCCGGCUCCUACCGCUGCACCUGCCGCCAGGGCUUCGCCGGGGAUGGCUUCACCUGCGAAGACAGAGACGAAUGUGCCGAGGACGUGGACCUCUGCGACAACGGGCAGUGCCUGAACGCGCCCGGCGGGUACCGCUGCGAAUGCGAGAUGGGCUUCGACCCCGCCGAGGACCUCCGGGCCUGCCGGGAUGUGGACGAGUGUGCUCUCGGGAACCUCUGCGCGUUUGGGAGCUGCGAGAACCUGCCUGGAAUGUUCCGCUGCAUCUGCGACGGUGGCUACGAGCUGGAUCGCGGUGGCGGCAACUGCACAGACGUCAAUGAGUGCGCCGACCCGGUGAACUGUAUCAACGGCCUUUGUGUCAACAUCCCUGGCAGCUACCUCUGCAACUGCCCCCAGGAUUUCGAACUGAACCCCAGCGGGGUGGGCUGCGUGGACACCCGGGUUGGAAACUGUUUCCUGGACACGCACAACCGAGGGGACGGUGGCAUUUUCUGCAGUGCCGAGAUCGGAGUUGGCGUCACCCGAGCCUCCUGCUGUUGCUCCCUGGGCCGGGCCUGGGGCAACCCCUGCGAGCUGUGCCCGAUGGGCAACACCACCGAGUACAGAACCCUGUGUCCGGGUGGCGAGGGUUUCCGGCCCAACCCCGUCACUGUCAUUCUGGAAGACAUUGACGAGUGCCAGGAGCUGCCAGGGUUGUGUCAGGGGGGCGACUGCGUCAACACCUUCGGCAGCUUCCAGUGUGAGUGCCCACCAGGCUACCACCUCAAUGAGGACACCCGCAUCUGUGAGGAUAUUGAUGAAUGUUCCACACGCUCUGACAUCUGUGGCCCUGGCACCUGCUACAACACCCUGGGGAACUACACUUGCGUCUGCCCUGCGGAGUACCUGCAAGUCAACGGUGGCAACAACUGCAUGGAUUUGAGGAAGAGCGUCUGCUUCCGGCAGUAUAACGGCACAUGUCAAAAUGAGCUGGCAUUCAACGUGACCCGGAAGAUGUGCUGCUGCUCCUACAACAUUGGCCAGGCCUGGAAUAGACCCUGUGAGGCCUGCCCCACCCCCGCCAGCUCCGACUACCAGGUCCUGUGCGGAAACCAGGCGCCGGGCUUCGUCAUUGACAUCCACACGGGGAAGCCGCUCGACAUCGACGAGUGCGGAGAGAUUCCCACCGUCUGUGCCAACGGCGUCUGCAUCAACCAGAUCGGGAGCUUCCGCUGCGAGUGCCCCACGGGCUUCGACUACAACAGCAUCUUGCUGGCCUGCGAAGAUGUGGAUGAGUGUGGCAGCAGGGACAGCCCCUGCCGGCGGAACGCCGACUGCAUCAACAUCCCUGGCAGCUACCGCUGCGAGUGCACCCGAGGGUAUAAGCUGUCGCCAGGCGGGGCUUGCGUGGGACGGAACGAGUGUCGGGAGAUCCCGAAUGUCUGUAGCCACGGUGACUGCGUGGACACGGAGGGCAGCUACAUGUGCCUAUGUCACCGUGGCUUCCGGGCCUCAGCAGACCAGACGCUGUGCACAGAUGUCAAUGAAUGUGACCAGAAACCCUGUGGAAAUGGGACCUGCAAGAAUGUCAUUGGCUCCUACAACUGCCUCUGCUUCCCAGGCUUUGCGGCAACACACAACGGGGAUUGCGUGGACAUUGAUGAGUGUACUUCCCUGGCGGGGCAGGUGUGCCGAUUUGGCCAGUGUGUCAACACCGCUGGCUUCUUCCACUGCCUCUGCCAGGAUGGCUUCGAGCUCACAGCUGAUGGAAAGAACUGUGCAGGUGAGUCUUCCCAUGAUGCUAGUCCCAUGCGUCCCUGCUCCAUGGGGGCAUGUUGUGUUCCGAUUGGCCGCUGGCCACCCCACCCCACAGACACACGACAGAGUUUCUGCUUCACCCGUUUCGAGGCCGGAAAGUGCUCGGUGCCCAAAGCUUUCAACACCACCAAGACCCGGUGCUGCUGCAGCAAGAGGCCGGGCGAGGGCUGGGGUGACCCCUGUGAGCUGUGUCCUCAGGAGGGCAGCGCUACCUUUCAGGAGCUCUGCCCCUUUGGCCACGGGGCAGUCCCAGGCCCAGAUGACUCUCGAGAAGAUGUGAACGAGUGUGCGGAGAACCCUGGUGUCUGCACUAACGGUGUGUGUGUCAACACCGACGGCUCCUUUCGCUGCGAGUGUCCCUUCGGCUACAGCCUGGACUUCACAGGCAUCGGCUGUGUGGACACCGACGAGUGCGCCGUCGGCCACCCCUGCGGGGAAGGCACAUGCACCAAUGUCAUCGGAGGCUUCGAAUGUGCCUGCGCUGACGGCUUUGAGCCCGGCCCCAUGAUGACCUGCGAGGACAUCGACGAGUGUGCCCUGAACCCGCUGCUCUGUGCCUUCCGCUGCCGCAACACCGAGGGCUCCUACCUGUGCACCUGCCCGGCUGGCUACACCCUGCGGGAAGACAGGGCCAUGUGCCGAGAUGUGGACGAGUGCGCGGAUGGCCAGCAGGACUGCGGUGCCCGCGGCAUGCUCUGCAGGAACCUCAUCGGCACCUUCGUGUGCAUCUGCCCCCCGGGCAUGCGGCCCCAGCCGGGCUCCGGGGAAGGCUGCACAGACGAGGACGAGUGCCGCGCCCAGCCCGGCCUCUGUGCCAAUGGCCACUGUGUCAACACCGUGGGCAGCUUCAGGUGCGACUGUGAUGACGGCUUCCAGCCCGGUCCCACCCUCACCGAGUGCAAUGACAUCCGGCAGGGUCCCUGCUUCUCCGAGGUGCUGCAGGCCGCGUGCCAGGCGCAGUCCAGCGGCAGCGAGGCCGUCACCAGGGCCGAGUGCUGCUGCGGGGGUGGCCGGGGCUGGGGGCCCCACUGCGAGCUCUGUGCCCUCCCCGGCACCCCUGCCUACAGGAAGCUGUGUCCCCAUGGCUCAGGCUAUACCCCCGAGGGCCGAGACGUGGACGAGUGCCGUGUAAUCGCUCACCUGUGUCCCCACGGCGAGUGCAUCAACAGCCUCGGCUCCUUCCGCUGUCACUGUCAGGCCGGGUAUGCGCCAGACACUGCUGCCACGGCCUGCCUGGAUGUGGAUGAGUGUAGCCAGGCCCCCAGGCCGUGUACCUUCCUCUGCAAAAACACCGAGGGCAGCUUCCUGUGCACCUGUCCCCGCGGCUACCUGUUGGAGGAAGAUGGCCGGACAUGCAGAGACAUGGACGAAUGCACCUCCAGACAGCACAACUGCCAGUUCCUCUGUGUCAACACCAUCGGCGCCUUCACCUGCCGCUGUCCCCCUGGCUUCACCCAGCACCACCAGGCCUGCUUUGACAAUGACGAGUGCUCAGUCCAGCCUGGCCCGUGUGGCACCCGUGGUCUCUGCCAAAACACCCCAGGCAGCUUCCGCUGCGAGUGCCAUCAAGGCUUUGCCCUGGACAGCUCCGGCCGUAGCUGUGAAGAUGUGGAUGAAUGUGACGGGCCCCAUCGCUGCCGGCAUGGCUGUCAGAACGAGCUGGGGGGCUACCGCUGCGGCUGCCCCCAGGGCUUCACCCAGCACUCCCAGUGGGCCCAGUGUGUGGAUGAGAACGAGUGUGCACUGUCGCCCGCCGCCUGCGGGAGUGCCUCCUGCCACAACACACUCGGAGGCUUCCGCUGCGUCUGCCCCUCUGGCUUCAACUUCGACCAGGCCCUCAGGGGCUGCCAGGACGUGGACGAGUGUGCCGGACGCGGCAGCCCCUGUAGCUACGGCUGUGCCAACACGCCCGGAGGCUUCCUGUGUGGCUGUCCCCGAGGCUACUUCCGGGCUGGGCAAGGGCACUGUGUCUCCGGCCUGGGCUUCGCUCCCCAGGACGCCCCGGACGAGGAGCUGCUCUCACCCGAAGCCUGCUAUGAGUGCAAGAUCAACAGCCUCUCCCCUCGGGACCGGUCUCGGCGCAGCGCCCAUGGGGACCCCCAGGUGAGCUUGGCUACUCUUGACUCGGAGGCCCUGCUGACCGUGGGCCUGAACCUCUCACGCCUGGGCCGGACCGAACACAUCCUGGAGCUGUUACCAGCGCUGGAGGGCCUGGGCGGCCGGGUCCGCUACAUCAUCACACGUGGCAACAAGCAAGGUUUCUUCCGCAUGCAUCACCUCCGCGGCCUCAGCUCUCUGCAGCUGGGGCGUAGGAAGCCGGGCCCUGGAACCUACCGGCUGGAGGUGGUGAGCGUGGCAGGGCCCCGGGGUGCUCAGCCGGAGGGGUGGCCAGGACCAGGGGGCCAGGCCUUGCGGCUGAAGGUGCAGCUGCAACUGCUCUAG